AUGUGGGAUUACAGCUUGGAAGGACGAGUCUUUGAUAUCGAGGGGCGCAAGCUCCAGAUUGAGGAGCAACUCACCGAGUCUUUGCUCAAAAUACGUUACGAACUGAACCCGAAAGAUUUUGAUUUCGAAGAUCCACGCGAGGUUAAGGAGAUCGCCGAGGAACGGUACUGCCACGAGGUUGAGGCUGCAAUACUCUUAGGUGAACGUGGACUCGGUCCAAAGUAUCGUACCCAUGAAACUCAAUACCAAGAAGAGUGGAUGCCUUUCCCCGGCGGCUAUAUCGAUUUCUUUGUCAUGCAGCUCCCUCCCGGUGAGAACGUUAACGAGAUCCAAGACGAGCUUACCAAUCGCCAGCUCGAAAGUAUCCGAACUCAGCUCGCGUAUAUCUUAGAGACGAUGCGCAAGAAUGGCUAUACACUGGUCCAGCAACACCCCAGCUUUCUUAACUACGAUGCCCGGACAAACAAGCUUUAUCUGAUUGACCUUGCGGACCUCGAUUUCACCAACCCGGAGACAUCGUACCCGAUCGAUGAGGAGAGCCCGUACGUGGAAGCGUUCAACAUCUGGCGUGCACCGUACAGUAAGUCUGAGAAAGGCUCGAAGUCGGGAAGAAUGCCGCCAUCCGGCCAGUCUACGAAGAAGGCAAAUCGGCCCCCAUGGAGAUCCUAA